GCACUGACUUCACUUCCGCUGAACAAACCGAAAGUGUAAGAAUCUCAAGCUUAAGAAACUGAAAUCCUCAUGAGACGAACACUGCCUCUAAAAUGAGUCUUUUUGAAAAGAAAGAGGAGGAGAAUGUUGUUCAUCAGAAACAAAGACCAACAUCUCCAGAGCCCAGCGGUGUGUCUGUGAAGAGUGAUCGCUCCAUAACAAAACCCCCUCAGUUUAGUGAUGGAAUAGGGACCUUUAACCCUAGACCAAAGGAAGAUCAGACAGCUUCAAGUUCAGUAUCCAGCUAUGAUCUCAGUGUUGAAGCAAUGACCUCUGAUCCUAUAGAUGAUCAGACUGGAGUCCUGCAGCAGGAUUCCUACCAACCAGUAGACGAUGAUCUACACAGAAUCAAAGAUCAACACAAAAACGGCAUGAAGAAAAAGUAUGAGAGUUUAUUUGAAGGAAUCAAAAUGCGAGAGAAUCAAAUCCUCCUGAACAGGAUCUACACACAGCUUUACAUUAUAGAGGGAGAGAGUGAAGGAGUGAAUGAAGAACAUGAGGUUUUACAGAUGGAGAAAACACCCAGAACACAACGCUCACAAGACACUCCAAUCUACUGCAAUGACAUCUUUAAACCAUUAUCUGAACCAGAACGUGUGAAAAAUGACAAAAUAAAGAUAGUUCUUACUAAAGGCAUCGCUGGAAUUGGAAAAACGGUCUCUGUGAAGAAGUUCUUUCUGGACUGGGCCGAGGGAAAAGCCAAUCAAGUUCAGAAGUCCCUCAAACUCUGA